AUCUCUUCUCUCUUAAAUCCCUUCUACUUGACUCCUGACUUCGUUUUCCGAGUUCUUCGGCCUUGUACCUCUUUCCGUAACUUUCUUCUUUCAAUCUGCCCAAUUUCCGGUGGUUCUCAUUCCGGGCGAUUGAUUCGUCGCAUCUUUCAGACUGUUGAUGAUGUCUGGGCACUCAAGGAGUGAUAGCGACAGUCCUUUUGAUGUCGACGAACUUCUGCAGAUUCAGACGAGAUGCCGGGAGCUUUGGAAAGAGAAGGACAUGCUGAGAGAAUCACAGCCCCAGAGCUUUGAAUUCUUAAGGGGGUUAGAAUCACAUGUGAAGUCUUUGACUGGGGCUCGUGCGAAAGACACAAGACGCAUAGAAAUGUUGGAAAGGGAGCUAUUAAAUUGCUCUCAAGAGAUAGAUUACUUUCAAGAUCAACUCAGUGCAAGGAAUGCUGAGGUGUUCAGUUUAGGAAAGCAUGUCGAUGAGCUCGAGUUAAAAUUAGUCAAGGUGCAUGAUGUAGAAAUGAAGAAUCACCAAUUAUGGGACGAAUUGGAACGGUCUAAGUCAGAAAAUCAGUUAUUGAUUGAAGAACUAUAUAGCAAAGAGGUGGAGCUGAAACGUUCAUCUUUAGUUAUAAAGACACUAGAGGAGUCAAUUUGCUCUGUAACCCUAGAUUCUCUGUGCGAAAUUGAGGGCAUGAAGCUUGAUAUGAUGGUUUUGGAACAACCUUCCUUUGAAGUUCAAAAAGCUCAAGAAGAAGCCAUUCAAGAAAAUGUAUCCAUGAAUAAGCUAAUCAAAGAACUGGACAUUCAGAUUCUGAAUAAUCAAAAAGCUGCUGAAGAUUUAGAAAGGGAAAAUAAAGAACUGAGAAAUAAGCUGAGGACAUCAGAAAUAAGUGCUCAAGAAUAUCUUCAGAUGAUUGACAAAGUGCUAAAACCCACGUGUAGCAAGACCGCAAGCAGUACGAAGGUAUCUAAUGAAAUGAGUGCUUGUGGGGAGGUGCUUGGUGAACUCUUUUUGAAGCUCCCAAUGAUAUUGGAAGCAGAAGGGGAUUCAAAGGGGCAACUUAACAGUAUGUCAUGCCUGAUAAACGACUAUGAAGCUAUUGUGAGAAACCUUAAGGAAGAACUGAAAGAGCUCAAAUUAAAAGCAAAGGAAGAAGCUGAAGACUUGGCACAAGAAAUGGCUGAGUUGAGGUACGAAACAACAAGUUUACUUGAAGAAGAGCGCAAACGGCGUGCUUCCAUUGAACUAGCAUCGAUACAAAGAAUAGCUGAAUUAGAGUCGCAGGUUCAAAAAGAAAAAAGGAAGUUGGUUGCUGCUAUUGGCCAUCUCAAUGAAGCAUAGAAGAGGGUCUCAUAGAGAACUUGAAGGCUUGUUUGUUAAAUGUUUGAAGUUUUGAAUCAAGGUAUGCAUUUCUGUUGUAUCUUGGGCUUUCUGAAGCUGCUGGAAACACAAAUGACUGCUGGAAACACAACUGUUCGACAAUCCUGGAGUCACUGAGGGUUCUGUUGAUACAUACAUGAAAAGGAGGGCUGGCAUCCGCACACAAAUAGAACUACACUGCAGUAGAACACUUGGGCAAGAUCCAGAACUUAUCAAAGUUGAUGGAGCAGAGCAGAGGUUUCAUGAUUGGAAUUUACGCUGCCAUCUGGUUGUAUCAAGAACGUUGCCAUCUGGUUGUCCGUGACAAGUGGUAUCAGACACGGAAUACGAGAAUGAGUAAGCUUGUACUUGAGUAGCACGAAUGCCUUGUCUUGCUCUUCAUCCCAACAGAAAACAACAUUCUUCUUGAUGAUUGAAGUUUAUGGUGCGGCUAUGGUGCUGAAAUUUGACACAAAUCGUCGUUAAAAACCAGCCAAGCCAUGAAAGCUCCUCAAGUUAUUGACAUUAGUAGGGGUAGACCACGCUUGAAUUACCUUCACCUUCUCUUCAUCGACUUCAACUCCAUGAGCACUAACCAACAGUGGUGUAGCCAGGAAUAUUGCUAAGUUGGGUCAAAAAAGAAAACAUAGCAUAAAUUAUAUUAAUCGUUUACAAUGAUCCGCGACUUGUUUUCAUAAUCUUAAAAGUAUUUAAAAUACAUUCAUCAUCCAAACUGUCAAAGAUGUCACUCUCAAUGUAACAAACCAAAAAAUCGUU